GCCCUCCAGGAACUGAUGCACCCUCGAAAAAAAGGUACAUUUUACAUUGCUUCACAUUUUUAUUUAUUUAUAUAUUUAUUUAUUUUUAAUUUUUAUCUAUGUAACAUGGAGUAAAUAUUGAUAUCAAUGAUUCUCAGUAUGUAGAUAUUAUUUUUGACAAAUUGACAACUGUACUAUAAUUGUUUUAACUUAAAUAAAUUAGCAGUAUGUUUAUUCAGUUUAUUAAUUUUUUUUUGUCUAAUUGCAGAACCAUCCAGCGCAUCAGCCGAAAACUCACCGAUGCCGAGGAAGUCGAUGUGAUAGAGUGGAUCCAGGCUAACCCCAGUAUUUUCAACAAGGCGCAUGCUGAUUACAAAAACACGAAGAAGCGGGACCAGUUGUUCGCCGACAAAGCCGACCAGCUUGGAGAGGGGUUGACCGGACAGGACCUAUACAAAUGGUAUCUUGGGCAGCGUACGGCGUUUACAAAGUUGAUCAAGCGUCCGGCCAGUGGCAGUGGUACAGUCUUGAUGACCGCCCGACAGCAGUGGGUGGUAGAGAGCAUGUCCUUCCUCAAGGGGCAUUGUACAUCGAUCCCCGUACGGAAAGGUGUGGAUUUGACUGCUGCCAGGAAGAAGCGGUACGGCGAUGCACCCUCACAGAACAUACCAGCCUCAGACCCAGCUGCACCAGAAGAUGCACCGUCUACACCUUCUACAGCUUCAGUCCACUCAGAUUCAGAUCUGCUAGAAGAGAGGGAAGCUUUGACACAGGAGUUGAGACAACUGAGGCAAGAAAGGACUGACGCGGCAGCUGUCACCACCAAACAACUGACACACCUAAUGCGCCAAAUGACGCCAUCUAUCCGGGAUCAGUUCAUGACCGAAACCCUUGCCUCCGCCGUGCGUUAUGUGGACCUCUCCAGGGAGCAGACCCAGCAGCUGCCACCCCAGCAGCUUCCCUCUGUACCAGCACAGCAGCAUCAGCCCAUCCUCCAGGACUUCAGGACCCCUCAACGCCCAAUGCACCAGGCACAGCAGCAGCCACCACAGUAUGCCCAGGACCACGCCAUGGCCCUUCAACUGGCACAGCAACUGAAUCCCCCCACCACUGAGACAGAGAGACGACACUUCUUCACCACACUUCAAGGCUGCUAUCCAGAUUUUACUGGAUCUUCAUGUCCACCACCAGCCCCUACCUAUGCAACACUAACUGUUCGUCGCACCCCAACAGCCACAGUGACCACAGAUGGUAUCAUUGCAGGUGCUGCUGCUGCUGCAGGAAUACCUUCAUUUUCUACUACCACCGUCCAAAGCCCCCCGUGAGCACACCACAGAUGGCCAGUACACCCACCACUCAGCCUGCUGACGCAAGUCAGAACAUGUCUUCGUUUAUGAGGGAUAUGAUUCAGGACGGUGACGAGACUACCUCAUACUGAACCAAGACACCAAGAACUGUUUCCGGGAAUUUGUUAUUAUGGCAAUUUUUAAAUGAUUUUUAAUCAAGGAGUUUAAUUUGAAAUUAUUAUAAGACAGUCAUUGGAGUCUAAUGACUAUUUUGUGUUGUUUAAAAAAAAUUUAAAUGAUUAUGCUGACAAACAUG